AUGGCCCCCGCUGUCGGUAUCGAUCUGGGUACCACCUACUCCUGUGUGGGUGUGUUCCGUGAUGACCGCAUUGAAAUCAUUGCCAACGACCAGGGUAACCGCACUACCCCCUCGUUCGUUGCCUUCACCGACACCGAGCGUCUGAUCGGUGAUGCCGCCAAAAACCAGGUUGCCAUGAACCCCCACAACACCGUUUUUGAUGCCAAGCGUCUCAUCGGUCGUCGUUUUGAGGAUGCUGAGGUCCAGGCCGAUAUGAAGCACUGGCCCUUCAAGGUCAUCUCCAAGGCCACCAAGCCCGUCAUUGAGGUUGAGUUCAAGGGUGAGGCCAAGCAGUUCACUCCCGAGGAGGUUUCCGCCAUGAUCCUCGUCAAGAUGCGUGAGACCGCCGAGGCCUAUCUCGGUGGCACCGUUAACAACGCUGUCAUCACUGUCCCCGCCUACUUCAACGACUCUCAGCGUCAGGCUACCAAGGAUGCCGGUCUCAUUGCUGGCCUCAACGUCCUGCGUAUCAUCAACGAGCCCACUGCUGCUGCCAUUGCCUACGGUCUCGACAAGAAGACCGAGGGUGAGCGCAACGUCCUGAUCUUCGAUCUGGGUGGUGGUACCUUCGAUGUGUCCCUCCUGACCAUCGAGGAGGGUAUCUUCGAGGUCAAGUCCACUGCCGGUGACACUCACCUUGGUGGUGAGGACUUCGACAACCGUCUCGUCAACCACUUCGUCAACGAGUUCAAGCGUAAGCACAAGAAGGACCUGACCACCAACGCUCGUGCCCUCCGCCGUCUCCGCACUGCUUGCGAGCGUGCCAAGCGUACCCUCUCUUCCGCCGCCCAGACCUCCAUCGAGAUCGACUCUCUCUUCGAGGGCAUCGAUUUCUACACCUCCAUCACCCGUGCCCGCUUCGAGGAGCUCUGCCAGGACCUCUUCCGCUCCACCAUGGACCCCGUCGAGCGUGUCCUCCGUGAUGCCAAGAUUGACAAGUCCUCCGUCCACGAGAUUGUCCUCGUCGGUGGUUCUACCCGUAUCCCCAAGAUCCAGAAGCUCGUUUCCGAUUACUUCAACAAGGACCCCAACAAGUCCAUCAACCCCGAUGAGGCCGUUGCUUACGGUGCUGCCGUCCAGGCCGCUAUCCUGUCCGGUGACACUUCCUCCAAGUCCACCAACGAGAUUCUGCUGCUCGAUGUUGCCCCUCUGUCUCUCGGUAUCGAGACCGCUGGUGGUGUCAUGACUCCUCUGAUCAAGCGUAACACCACCAUCCCUACCAAGAAGUCCGAGACCUUCUCUACCUACUCCGACAACCAGCCCGGUGUCCUGAUCCAGGUCUUCGAGGGUGAGCGUGCUCGCACCAAGGACAACAACCUGCUCGGCAAGUUCGAGCUCACUGGCAUUCCCCCGCCCCCCGUGAAGGGCACUGGCAAGUCCAACAAGAUCACCAUCACCAACGACAAGGGCCGUCUCUCCAAGGAGGAGAUUGAGCGCAUGCUUGCUGAGGCCGAGAAGUACAAGGCCGAGGAUGAGGCUGAGGCUGGCCGUAUCCAGGCCAAGAACGGUCUCGAGUCCUACGCUUACUCCCUCAAGAACACUCUCUCCGAGGGCAAGCUCCAGAUCUCCGAGGACGACAAGAAGAAGGUUGAGGACAAGAUCAACGAGGUCAUCUCUUGGCUCGACAACAACCAGACUGCCGAGAAGGACGAGUACGAGAGCCAGCAGAAGGAGCUUGAGGGUAUUGCCAACCCCAUCAUCUCCGCUGCCUACGGUGGUGCCGCUCCCCCGGUGGCGCUGCCCCCGGUGCCGGCGGUGCCCGCUCCGCUGAUGAGGUCGAGGAGAAGCCCGAGGAGCUUGACUAAACGUCUCGCCCUGAGCUCUUUUCUUUUUCGAUUUUAUGAUGCCCGCCGCCUGGCUUUAAGUCCUUUUCCUUUCACGUCUUGUUUUACGAACUUAUGGGAUAUCGAGUUUUCUUUUUGCGCAUGA